CUAAAAUACCCUUGAAAUAAUUCACUUCAUCUACCAGCCUUAUCAACCCAUUGCUCAUUAAUCACCACUCAUUCUCUAUUCUCUCUGCUAUUUCAUCGCCAAAGAAGGAUACCGAUUCUCAGUGGAUGAACGAAGCAACGUGCAGAGAGACGACGACUUGGGUUUUUCAGACUGCCGAUUCUCAGAGAGACGACUACCUAUACCAAUUCUCUUCAGGCGGUCUCCUUUGGAUGACGGCGACUUGGGUUUUUCCUUUACCGUGGUGCUGUAUCCUAUGCGGCGGCGGACUAGUGUUUCCCCUUUGUAGCGGUAAUUUCUCCUUUGCACCGGCGACCAGAGACGGCUAAGGUGCACAGCUGGUAUGUUUUGAUUUCAAUUUUGAUUCUCGCCCCCCCUAUGAGUUUCGAUCUUGAUUCUUGUCCCAACAUCUCUUUUCCCCUUUGAGUUUCGAUUUUGAUUCUUGUCCCAACAUCUCUUUUUAUUUCGAUUUCUAAUAUUCGUCCUCCUUCCAGGUAUGUUCUUUGAGUAUUCUUGAUUUUCUUUUUUCGAUCUUGAAUUCUUAAUUCCAUUUUUUAUGAUUUUAUCUACAAACAUUCAUCCAAUUUUCGUAUGUUAAUUUCUGCUAUUUUUAAUUUUUUCAGAUCUCCCGGAUGAAAUUUUGGAUCUUGGGUUCAUGAUGGAGUUCAAGGAUAAGAUGUCAAUGAAAUUUUGAAUCGCCGGUGUUACUGAAGCUAUUCCUGUUUUUCUUGCUUCCAUAUUUUUAGUCUUGAUGUUUGAAUGUAAUUUGGUGUGAUGUAUAUUUGGA